AAUUCCUGUGCUGCUUCAACAGUGCUUCCGGAAUGAAGAAACGACCAGCAAAGCGGGGGAGAAAGACACGAGAUCAGGUGUUCCACCGGAGAAGAUCUCUCGAGUGUCCUCUACAAAGCUACAGUACGAAGAAGGGAUGUGAUGGUUGUGGAUGCUGGUCCUCUUAUCAACCAUUGGUUUUCCAUUAUCUCCGUCUCAGCCAGAAUCAAAUCGAGCAAACCAUUCCCUGCUAUGCUACGGUAGCUAGCUGAGAGAUCAGUGCUACCCUUCAUUCAAGUUGUUAUCUGAUUUGGUCAUUUAUUCUUAUUCAUUUUUGCGGAACAUGUGUCAAGUACUUCGACAAUCCAGCAAUAGCUACGACAAUGAUGAACUGAGGACAGAAGAGCCCUGUCACUGUUCCUCCUGUGCCACAACAGCACCUCCUCGUGUGGUUUCCGUGGGCGACAUUGUCACUAUUGAUCUGACCAUGACACCGGAAAACGGCCUGGUACCAGAGCCUCUCUUUGAUCGCAGUGGCAAGAUCAGUUUCAUUGUGGGAUGGGGCAAUUAUCUUCCAGCCCUUCACGAGUUGGUCCAGAACAAAGCCGUCGGCGAUCAAGUCCAACAUGUUUCCAUUGAUGCGGGUUGGGGAAAGCGAAAUGAAGAUCUCGUCAUGGAGCUACCCAAAUCCAAACUCAGGAGAUUCCUACAAAAGGAUGGAAGCCUGCCUCCAGUGGGGACUGUACUCAAGCUUCAAGGAGGAAUUCAGUUGGCAGUGCUUCAAGUCAACGAAGAACAACAGACUGUGAUUGUAGACGCCAAUCCACCUCUCGCAGGCGCCAGCUAUGACUGUUCGUUUACCGUUCUCAGCAUUGACGAUGCACUAUCCUUGGAGGAUAUGCCUGACAACAACAGUAACAAAUACCAAAUCUCCACUUGGGCAUUAGGUUGCUUCUGGGGUGGAGAACUCGCCUUUAUGAGGGUUCCUGGAGUUGUUGGAACUCGUGUCGGCUAUACUCAGGGAACUGUCAGCAAUCCCACCUACGAGGAUGUCUGCACCGGAAAGACAAGGCAUCGAGAAGCAAUCAUGGUCGUCUAUGAUUCAACAGUGGUAUCUUACAAUCAACUCAUGCGGGUAGCUCUGGAGAGACUGGCUGCUACGAAUCCCAAUCCCAGCAAGAAUAGUGGCAGCAACAUUCCAGAGGACGACGAUGAUAUGUUUGGCAACCUGUUUGCCGAGGAAGAUGAUGAACAAGAACAGGACAACAAGACCACCAAUCAACAAUAUCGUCAUGGAUUCUACUACCACUCCGAAGAGCAACGAUCGAUUGCCCAACAAGAGUUGAAUUCAGGCAACAAUAUCUACGAUAUCGAGUUGAAGCAAGCGGCGGUAUUCUACCAGGCCGAAGAGACGCAUCAGCAGUAUCUACUCAAAGGGGGGCAGAGUGCUCGAAAGGGAGCCAAGGAAACCAUUCGUUGUUUCGGUUGAAAAAUACAUCAUUUACUUUACAUACAAUACAUGACAAUCCCUCCCACAAAUCCGAAUACAUGUAAUGCCUUGCACAUGCCUCAUUAGGCACAUGAAUUGCAUUAAAUUUUAACCUACCUAAUAAACAAUACCUAGAUGAAAUAAAUUUGUAUG